UCUCUCUCUCUCUCUCUCUCUCAACAUUUAUGGGUUAUGUUUUGUUUUACAGAUAUUGGAUUAAAAAGUGGAGUUGAAGCACUAGGUAUCAACUAUGGUCAAGUUGGCAACAAUCUCCCCCCACCAGAGAAAGUCCUUUCCCUAUUAAGCUCCCUUAAGGUCACCAAAGCAAGAAUCUACGACACAAAUCCACAAAUCCUCACCGCAUUUGCCAACUCCGGCGUUGAACUCAUCGUCACCGUUGAAAACGAGAUGCUCCAAGUGGUGAUGGACCCACAACAAGCCCUUCAAUGGGUGACCACCCACAUUAAACCCUACUUCCCUGCAACAAAAAUCACUGGCAUCGCCGUCGGCAAUGAGAUCUUCACGACAGAUGACUCGUCAUUAAUGGCUAAUGUAGUCCCUGCCAUGAUCAGCAUCCAUGGAGCUCUAGUUCAGCUAGGGUUAGACUCAUACAUCCAUGUCUCAACAGCCAAUUCCCUAGCAGUACUAGCCAACUCCUUUCCGCCGUCUUCCGGCAGCUUUCAAAGUGACCUUUCCGGCAUUAUGACACAAUUCUUGCAGUUCUUGUGGAACACCAAGGCACCCUUUUGGAUCAAUGCAUACCCUUUUUUUGCUUACAAGGAUGACCCAUCUAGGAUACCCUUAGAUUAUGUACUCUUCAACCCUAACCAAGGAAUGGUUGAUCCUUACACUAAGUUACACUAUGAUAACAUGUUAUAUGCACAGGUUGAUGCAGUGAUUUUUGCCAUAUCAAAGAUGGGUUUUGGAGGAUUGGAAGUUAGGGUUUCAGAAACUGGGUGGCCUUCUAAAGGAGACCCAGGUGAGAAUGCUGCAACCAUGGAAAAUGCAGCAAUUUAUAAUAGUAAUUUGAUGAAAAGGCAGAUGGAGAAUGAAGGGACACCUUUGAGACCUAAGCAGACUCUUGAGGUUUAUGUGUUUGCUCUGUUUAAUGAGGACAUGAAGCCAGGGCCAACAUCAGAGAGGAAUUAUGGACUUUAUCAACCUGAUGGAACCGUGGCUUAUAGGCUAUCUGCCUUGUCAACUCCUGCUUCCAUCUCUCUUACUUCCUCUGCUACUCCGGCAAGAACAAGUGGAUGUGAAAGCUUGAGAUAUUGGGGUUUUGUGUUCUUGUUGACAAUCCAACUCCUAAUGGGAAUGAGACCACUCUAAGCAAAUCAUGGAGUGAGGGGGAUGUAAAUAGACAUUCUAUUGGCAAGGGAAAUGGUUUCUCUAGUGGGACUUUUUUGCCCUUUUGAAGAAGCAAAGAGACUCUAAAGCCAGUUGAAUUCAAGUACACUCAAGAAAAUUUGACCCUCUUUUCACAAUUAAACAGCCAGACACUACCCUUUGUAGAAUUGGAUAUCUAUUGUAUGAGAAUGGCUGCCUUACUUCCUCAGAGACAAGUGUCCUUCAAUGCUGCAACCAGGUAAUGGGCUAAGCGAUGAUAAAAUAUGAGGAGAGAGGGAAGGAUAUUUUGGUCAUUUAAUUGUAAUAUUCUUAGGUUUUAUUUUCUAUGUUGUUCAUGGUAAGAGGCUUAGCCACUGAGAAUAAACUUUAGUAUGUGGAUAGAGCAAUCCUGAUUGGUUGGGUGGAAAGCAAUCCACUUUGAGACGUGGAAUCCAUAACAGUUCUGAAUUCUCAUACAUGGUAGUGUGUGUUUCCAUGUUUUCAGUAA